CCAACCUCUUGCUGCAGCUACCUGGUACGUUUCCUCCACCUUGACGCUCAGGUACACGGAUUUGGUCGAAAACUUCACUGAAACUGGCAUUUUUGGAGCGGAGCUGACAUUGGAGACGUUCAAAAUGGAUUAAAACCAGAAAUGUUUGCUGUAAGGUGGAGACGACAACAUUAAUUCGGGAGUAAUUUUGUGGACGCACCGUGUACACUACCGUGAAGCCUGUGAGUCAUGUCUGCCGACAGCACUGGCAGUCAGAGACACGGCUCGGGCCCUGGCAGCUACCGGCAUGGACCCAGCCGGAGCAGCAGCCAGAGGUCGUCCUACGAGGAGCGCUGUGUUGACCCGGUGGAAGACAGGCUCCCGACUCCAGAGCCAAAGACAGUCCACAAAGCCAACCUCAAAGAUGCGAAUGGAAAGGAGUCUGAGACCAUUGGCUUCGUCCCUGGCUCAGCUGACCCUUCCUCUGUAACACAAACCUGCAAUCCCUGCGCUUCCCCAAGGGGCUGUAGGACCUUUAUGUGCAGCGUGCUCACCUGCGGCCUGUAUAGGGUCUGCCAGCGCUCCAUCCUCGCUCCGUGCCUGGCGCCAAACGAGAGCUCCCCAGACGAACCAGAGAAGGUGAGCCUCCGAGCUGUGAACCCAGGAGAGCACAAAGAAGAGGACGGCACAGACUGGCUAGAGGACGUCCACUUCGCCGGAGUCAAAGUUGACAGCCCGAGAGCGUAUUUAGACGUUGAAACCAAAUCUACAUCAUAUGUGCUUCCGUCUGGUGGUCCAACACAGCCCAUCCAUCCAUCCAUGCAUGAGUCUAUGAGGUUUGAUGACUGGGAGGACGGCGAGGAGAACGUGGACUCUCUGAUCACCAAGAAGCUGCUGGAGCUGUACUCUGAAUAUCAGAUCGAAGAGUUGGCCAGGUGCACCUCGGAUUCUGUGUUUCUGAAGAAAAGCAAGGCCAUCAACCAGCUCAUCAACUCGCUGGCAGAGGAGCACAAGAUGGACGAGCAGGAGGCCGAGUGUCGGCUGGUGCGCGGCAUCAUCCGCAUCAGCACUCGGAAAAGUACGAAGAAGCGGCCGCCCAUCACGAGGAGGGAGAGGACGCUGUCGGACAGCGGGAACGAGACAAUGAGGGACAGCGAUUCCUUUUCGUUCAGCAACAACAAUGACUACAAAUCAAAUCCAAACAUCCAAAUAUCAGAACUGACCUCCUCUGACAAGUGUGCCAGAGAGAUGUGGAGGACCAAUGGAGGUCAUACUUCUGGUUCUCCGACCGCCUACUCACCCUCUCACACAGAAACUAAUUCUUCAGGUGUCCCACUAAUUCGCACCUAUGUGAGAACAUGAUUCCUGCACUGCACUGGCGAUCUAUGCUUGAAUUAUUUGUCAUGCCGUGUCCACAAGGUCACAUAUGGGACGUUGAAAGGCGACACUACUUGCACAGGAGUCUGGCUGAGCCGAGCUCUUUGUAAAGACCAUGGCGUCGCUGUUUCCUAAAGCCACGUCAUGAAGAUGUGAUAAUUCACAUUGUCUGAAGGACUUCAGUGAACUCAGGGCUCUGUGUGUAGAUAUUUAUGGUUGAUGAAUAUUAUGUGUAUAUUUGAAGGAUUGCUUUAUUGAGCGCUUACCCUGCAGGCAGAUAUCACCAGCAGCUCUCAGUGGCUCUUAGAUAUUUUAUCACGGUUAACCGUCCUCUCGUCCUUGAAGGAAGAACCGAGUUCUGUUCAUGAAAUCUGGCGGCAUCGUCAGGAUAUUCUGCUGUUAUUAUGCAGAAGACAUUUGGAUUUAGUUUUGUAAAAAGAAAGUACAGAGCUGUAUUUUUUUGGGCACAUUUCAUCACCAUAGAUUUGAUUUUCAACUAAUUUGUAUGAUUUUAAAGUGUAUUCAAUGUGUUCAAUUCAGUGGUUAUGUAAGUUGUGUAUUCUGGAAAAUUAUGUUCUGAUAGUUUUCAUAAUUUGACAUAUUUCAAAUCGAUGUAAGAGUGCAUAGAAGUGGCAAUAGUGUAAAAAGAUGAAGUAAGAAUCAUUGUCAGGAAAAAAAGGAGUUUGGUUCAAAAUCCUGUAUAUUAUAAUAUUGGUUGGUUUUUUUUUAUGUAUGCGUGGUGGGGCAUGCUUUAUUUGCUUUCUUGCAGGGAGUUAUACGCUACACCCAAUUAGCUUAGCUUAGCAUAUAGACUGGAAAAGCUAGCCUGGUUCUGUCCGAAGGUAACACUUCAAAAGCUAACUAAUUAACACAUUAUAUUUUGUUUUUUUUAUUCCGUACAAAAACAAAGUGUACAAAUCUGUUUCUGUACUUUAGUUUAAAAAAAAUAGAGCAUGUUAAUGAUUGAGCUUUAAGGUCUUAAGACAGUGAUUCAUCUCUCAGUCUGCAGCACAACCAGCAUGGACUGUAAGCCAGACACAGACAUUGAAGCUGGGUACCCAAAAUAAACCAAGAGAGGACAUAACUGGGAGAGUAUCGUAGUUUGGUCCACAGAGUCUGUCUGGAUAGCGCCCAGUUUCAGUGAUAUUUCAGGCUAACUGUGGCUAGUGGUUUUUAGCUCACUAAUUGACACGUUAUAUUUUGUUUAUUUAUUCUGUAGGAAAAUCAAGGUGUAAAAAUGUCAAAUUAUGGCUCUUGGGUUAUACACUGGGCUAUUUCUCUGCCACAAUUAGUUGUAUUUACAGUUCUGUUUCUGUAAUUAAAAAUGAGAUUGAACAUGUUAAUGAGUGGGCUUUAAAGGUGCUGGUAGGUGUAUUUUGUUGCCUUUGGACAGAGCCAGGCUAGCUGCUUCCCACUGUUUCCAGUCUUUAUGCUAAGCUAAGCUAACUGACUGCUUAUUUUUACCACACAGAUUUGAGAGUAGAUAAUAAGUUGACAUCUGGAAAAAGCUAGUGGACCUUGAAUUUUUUGUUCUUUUUUUAUGUCAAAAUCGACUUUUUUUUUUUUUCUUUUGUGACUUUUAUGAUGUUCAUACAAUGCCUGUGGAGUGUGAUUUAUUUUCCCAAAGCAUAUUGUUAUUAGUGUUAUAGAAGCUCAUAUGAAGCAGAUAGCUCUUACGUUAACCAGGUGUUUGAUGCAUUCUGGGUACUGUUUGUGGCCUUCCCAUCUGCAACUCAGCUCUCAAAUUGAAAGACGUUAUGAAAGCUGGUUUAAAAUGUAGUUAGACUCUCGGUUGCAUCAUGUACUAUUAACUAUAAUUUAUUAAUGAAUCAUUAUAUACCAAGCUGACUCAUGAAGUGAAUGUCUCUUUUCUUCUUCUCCCCAACAUGCUCGCCGUGUUUGCUCCUGGGUGCUGAUGGGAAUUUGGCCAGCUGACUCAGUGGAAUUUAUCAGCGUUAGAUUAUGCACCCUUUUGUAGUGCCUUCAGUUAAUGCACAUAUUGUAAACAUGUGGUUUUACUGUCCAGACUACAUCUAACCUCUUGUGACCUAUCUUAAAAGUAUACUGAAUUAACUACUUUGGUGCCUCCAGGUAAUAUACAGUAUGUUUUUAGUGUGUCAAGAAUCUGGCAGCAACACCCGGGUGGUUAUAAUGAAAUGAUGUGAAACUAGUUGCUCUGGUUUUGACCAAGAAGCACAAAACGUCACUCGACUAUUUAGGAAGCGAUGAAUGUGUCUGUGUCAUCCUAACGGCUAACUGUAACUGUCCUAAUUAACUUGUUGAACUGUCUGCUGAAGCAUAGCAUUUGUGUUUUCAUUCAUACAUCUACAUUCUCUGCUUGGGCCUUUAACUGAGGUAUGGUACUUUAUAUUUUCCAGCAAAGGUGUGUGUAAGCCGUCUUUUAAAUGAUGUGCCAUUGUAAAAACAGUAAAGUGAGUGAAGUGAAACAAUA